AUGGUAGGAAGAGAAGCGGGUGAGAGCAUCCUCGUGAGGCGGAGGCUCUGGAAAGCAGCCACGGCCAUAGUGGACGACAACGCCGGAUCGGUGCUAACCAGACCAGGGGACAAAUUCACUCCUGGGAGUGCACAGGAUGUCAGCUGCCCCCUUGGCUCCUUCCCCUGUGGGAACAUCACCAGGUGCUUGCCUCAGCUGCUUCACUGUAACGGUGUGGACGACUGCGGGAACCAAGCCGAUGAGGACAACUGUGGAGACAACAAUGGGUGGUCUCUACAACUCGACAAAUACUUUGCUAAUUACUACAAACUGACUUCCACGAAACCCUUCGAGGCAGAAACUUCUGAAUGCUUGGUUGGCUCUGUGCCCAUGCAUUGUUUGUGCCGAGAUCUAGAGCUUGACUGUGAUGAAGCCAAUUUACGAGCUGUCCCGUCAGUUUCUGCCAAUGUGACUGUAAUGUCCCUGCAGCGGAACUCCAUAAGAACACUCCCUCCCAACGGCUUCAGGAAGUACCACAAGCUCCAAAAGCUGUGCCUGCAAAACAAUGAGAUUCGCUUCGUGUCUGUCUCUGCUUUCAGAGGACUGCGCAGCCUCACUAAACUGUACCUCAGCCACAACAGAAUAAGCUUCCUGAAGCCAGGAGUCUUUGAAGAUCUCCGCAGACUGGAAUGGCUGAUAAUUGAAGACAAUCACCUCAGCCGAAUUUCCCCACUCACAUUUUACGGACUGAAUUCUCUCAUUCUCUUAGUGCUGAUGAAUAAUGCCCUCACCCGUUUGCCUGACAAACCCCUCUGUCAGCACAUGCCCAGGCUCCACUGGCUGGACUUUGAAGGCAACCAUAUUCAUAAUUUAAGAAAUUUGACUUUUAUUUCCUGCAAUAAUUUAACUGUUUUGGUAAUGAGGAAAAACAAAAUUAAUCACUUAAAUGAGCAUGCAUUUACACACCUCCAGAAACUAGAUGAAUUGGAUUUGGGAAGUAAUAGGAUUGAAAAUCUUCCACCAAACAUAUUUAAGGACCUGAAGGAGCUGUCGCAAUUGAAUAUUUCCUAUAAUCCAAUCCAGAAAAUUCAAGUAAAUCAAUUUGAUUAUCUUAGCAAACUCAAGUCUCUCAGCCUAGAAGGAAUUGAGAUUACGAAUAUCCAACAAAGGAUGUUUAGACCUCUCGUGAAUCUCUCUCACAUCUAUUUUAAGAAAUUUCAGUACUGUGGCUAUGCACCACAUGUGCGCAGCUGCAAGCCCAACACGGAUGGGAUUUCCUCCCUUGAGAACCUCUUGGCAAGCAUCAUUCAGAGAGUCUUUGUCUGGGUUGUGUCUGCAGUUACCUGCUUUGGAAACAUUUUUGUCAUUUGUAUGAGACCAUACAUCAGGUCUGAGAACAAGCUGCAUGCCAUGUCGAUCAUUUCUCUCUGCUGUGCUGACUGCCUAAUGGGAGUAUAUUUAUUUGUGAUCGGGGCCUUUGACCUCAAGUUUCGGGGAGAGUACAACAAACAUGCACAGCUGUGGAUGGAGAGCGCUCAUUGUCAGCUGAUGGGGUCUUUGGCCAUUCUGUCCACAGAAGUAUCCGUUUUACUUCUGACAUUUCUAACGUUGGAGAAAUACAUCUGCAUUGUGUAUCCUUUUCGGUGCUUAAGACCUCGAAAAGGCAGGACAAUCACUGUUCUGAUUUUCAUUUGGAUUAUUGGAUUUAUAGUGGCUUUUGCUCCACUCAGCAAUAAGGAAUUUUUUAAAGACUAUUAUGGCACCAAUGGAGUGUGCUUUCCUCUUCAUUCAGAAGAUUCGGGAAGUACUGGAGCCCAGAUUUAUUCCGUGGUGAUUUUUCUUGGCAUUAACCUGGUGGCCUUCAUCAUCAUUGUGUUCUCCUACGGAAGCAUGUUUUACAGUGUUCAUCAGAGCACCAUAACAGCAACUGAAAUACAGAAGCAGGUGAAGAGGGAGAUGGUCCUCGCCAAGCGCUUCUUCUUCAUCGUGUUUACUGAUGCAUUAUGCUGGAUUCCCAUUUUUAUUCUGAAAUUUCUUUCACUGCUUCAGGUGGAAAUACCAGAGACUAUUACCUCUUGGGUGGUGAUUUUUAUUCUACCUAUCAACAGUGCUCUGAACCCAAUUAUCUAUACCUUGACCACCAGACCGUUCAAGGAAAUGAUCCAUCAACUCUGGUACAACUACAGACAGAGAAGGUCUGUUGACAGAAAAGGGACUCAGAAGGCAUAUGCUCCGUCAUUCAUCUGGGUGGAAAUGUGGCCCUUGCAAGAGAUGCCCACUGAGUUCAUGAAGCCAGCAGUUUUCACAGACCCCUGUGAUCUGUCGCUGUUCUCUCAGUCAUCUAGACUCAACUCUUACUCAUAACUGGCUCUGUCUGGAAACCAGUUCUUCUCAGAGAAUACUGUGAAGUGCUUCUAGAGGGAUUUGCUGAUUUGAAGUAAAUACCACAAAAUGUAUAA